UUGGUGAAACAAAUCAUGUGAUGGUUUGAUCAGUGUUUGUGAACAAAGAGUUGAGAAGAUGAAUAAUACUUGUACUUACAUGUAUAAAAAUAAUCUGGAAAAUAAUCUCUAUUCUGCAUUAGCCUCUGAGUAUUGAGAGACGAGAAAAGAAAAGAGAUGCAUUAGCCUCUGAGUAUUGUGUUCAAUGUAACAUUAAUAAUAAUGUGUUGCAUUAGGAUUAGACAGUUGCUUCUAUGCAAAAAUAUUUGUGUUUGUUAUACAUCACUUAUCUUGUCCUGGAAAAAAAAGUUAGAGGUACUUAUUUUAAAUUUCUAUUGGAAUAUGUUUGUAGAAUUUGAUGUAAUAUUAUUGUUAUGCAUUAACUUUGGUCUUUUGAACCAGAAAACAUAUUCAAGGGGAAUCUCCAUUCAAUUUAGAAACGAGGAGGAAAGUACGACCUUCCAUUGUGCAUUUGAGCAAUGGAAGAAGGAAGUGGUUGUUCAAGAAUGUCCUUUGAUAAAUGGAGCAGUAUCAACUUCAAAAAGCAAAUUUGAUGACAAAAUAGAGGCAUCUUCUGCCAAAAUGUACUUUCACUACUAUGGGCAGCUAUUGCAUCAGCAAAAUAUGUUGCAGGAUUUUGUAAGGACAGGUAUUCUGAACUUUGAUAAUAAUUAUGGCAAUAAUUAUGGUUCCUUACUGUGUUUAUUCACAAAACAAAGUGGAAUUAUGUACAGCUAUCUUAAAACACCAUUUCUUGUACAACUGCUACAAUUGAUUGCUGAAGGGGUGAAUAUGGACCAGACCUUUAACAUUGGUUGCACUGUUACGGUAAAAGAGGCUAAGAUGAUUCCCCAUAUGGAGACUGGAGUACAUGUUUAG